CUUUAGUACAGUCGAAGUGACGCUGCGGCUAUAAUUUCAUAUUUUAUGCUGCUUGCGGUAAAUUAAACUAAACAAUCUGCGCUUAAAUACCACAAAGAGUACUGUCAACUUAUUUGCAACUAGACAAGAACAACACUGGAAUUGGUGGCCAUUGCAUGCAUACACAAAAAAAGUUGGACGGAAUAAAAAAAAACGCAAAGAAGUCAGUGCUCGCACCCGUGCUCGCUCCCGCAUCUCGCCCUUCACUUCGUAAUCGUCGCCGCGGUCGUUGCGCAUGCUGCAGCAGCAUCGCAUUGAAUUAAACUAUAACGAAAAGGAACGAAACUAUAGACCCGACAUAGCCAUAGAUAUCACACAUACACAUUACGAUGAACGCCCAGCUGAGUACGACAACCUAUCGCAAAUUUAAUAAUUUGCUCAACAGCGGCGCCGUGACCGUCACAGGUCCCGGUCAGCCCCGCAUUCUAAAAACCACUCGACUGGUUAUGCCCAACGCCCAAGGCGGCGGCUCUAAUGUGGCUGGAGCGCUGACACAACAACUUGGCUCGGAUUCGGAACUUGGCGCUUCAGCCGGUGGCACACGUUGCUACAUUUGCGACGAGCUAGUGGCCUCCAGCCAGGUACAGAAUCAGCUCACGGAAAUGACCACCACGCACACCACAACUAAGUUUCCCAACAAGCUGGCGCAGCUGGUGGGCGAGGGAUUUGUUGUGAUUGUGAGCACCGAGGAUUUUGUUUGUUCGCGUUGCACCAACCUGGUCAACUAUUUUGAUCGUCUCGAGAACGAUGUAGAGCGCGUCAAGGCGAAUCUAUUGAAUUUGCUAAAUAAAAAGUAUGGCAUCAACGAGGAUAGUGGUGGCGGCGAAUCCAGUCCGCCAUUGAAGAUGCAGAAACUGGUCAGUGGAGCCAAUCGCUCGAUGGAGGAGUCUACAGGCGCUGAUUUGCUACGCACGCGCAAGGUAGUUCAGCAACCCUCACCAGGCUCUGUACAGCAGCUGAAAAUCUCCACCUCGCCACAAAGCGCCGCCGCUGGCACACAGACAGUGCAACGAAAAGCCACAAAGAUUUACAAGUGCACCUCAUGCGAUUACAAGACCUCUGACAUGCGUCUCUUCAACACCCACUACGAAACCUGCAAACAGCAGACGUUCCAAUGUAAAACUUGUCGCAAGAUCUUCCCCCACUUUGGCGCCAUGAAGCAGCACAUGGUGCGGGAUCAUAACACCGCGAUGGAUAACACAUGCGCCAUGUGCCACAUUAACUUCGUCAAUGAGUUGUCGUUGCGCAAACACAUGGAGGCGAAUCAUGCUACCAAUGUGUUGGUAACUAGCACCACCACAAUACCAGCUAAUGCGGCCGCACCCGCUGUUGUGGAUACUUCGGGAUUGGCGGCUGGCUCUGCCCUUUAUACAUGCAACCACUGUCAAUUCAAAUCAACGGACAAGGGUGUCUUUGAUGACCAUAUGCGCAAGCAUGUUUCUGGCAAACCAAAGCCUUUCAAGUGCCGUCUGUGCUCACAGAGAUUCGAGACGCGUGAAGCGGCCACUGUGCAUGCUAAACAGCAUCAGACCAAUUAUUUCAAGUGCGGUACUUGCGCCAUGACCUUCCCUAAGCGUGAGCUGCUCGUCAAGCACUUCGAGGUGCACCAAACUGGCAGUGGUUCCGGCGCUGUAUCUCCAGGAGGAGGCCAGAGCAAGUUGCAAACAGCGUCCAGUACGCAGAAUUUCAACACGCAGAAACUGCUGCAAGAAACAAUUGAUGAGGCAUUAAGCGAUACAGUGCCACAGACCGGAGCGGCAGCUGCUGCUGUGGUUGCUGCCACUGCCGAAGCUGCAGAGAAUAAUAUACGUUUCUUCUCGUGCAGCAUCUGCUCAUUGACAUUCAUUCAGGAAACAUACUACAAUCACCAUAUGGAGACCCAUCGUCGGGACAAGAAGGGCGGAGCAGCUGUCGCCCCAACUGUCCUGAACUCGGCCGCCACUGCACUACUCAGUGAUGAUGCCGGCGAUGCGGGCGGUAAGGCUGGCGAUGAUGGUGGCGAACAAAGUGCCGAGGCCGACAUUGAGAGUCUCUUUGAAAAGUUGCACUCCGAAAAAACUGACAAUGGCGAUACCACGAAAACUACGAACAGCAAAAGCGGUGAAAUGGUUAUCACUUCGCAGCAGGGCAGUGGUGGCAUUACAUUUAAUAUAACCAUACCCCAACCGGACGCAUCUGGGGAGCAGGCAGAGAAGGGCGCAGAGGGCGUCUCAGCUCCAGUUUCGGUAAGCAUUGACAUGCCUGUCUUGGAUCAGGCCGAUGACGAGUCGCAGUCUCAGGCAAGCACUGAAGGCAAGACUGGCGAGGCCGCUGAUUCUGCUGCGGACACCAAAUCCACGGCAGCACCAGUAUCUAUGCCCAGUCUAGAUGAUGAUAACGAAGCCACAGCCAGCACAGAAACGGAUAGCAAGACAGCGAACAGCAAAUCCGGUGAAAAAUCCGAUGACAAGGCCGAUCAGCAAGGCGAGCAAGAGGCCACAACAGCUACAGAAACUGCAGGUACUGUUGCAGAGGAGGGCGAUGAUGGCGAGAAGCGCGAUGUUACCGACACACCCACAACUGAACCGGACGCCGCAGCCUCCGCCGAGGCUAGUGAAUCCGCCGAUGGCGAGGCCAACGCCGUUGCUGCCGAAGGUGAAGGCGGCGAAGCUGCUGCCGGCGAUCAACAAGUUGCCAUGGAACUAGACGAGGCCAUGCAGGCGCAAGUGGAGGGCGGGCAAAUCAAGUUCAUCAUGAACGAGAAUGGACAUUUGCUGCAGCUGGAUAACCACAUAUUGACCGAUUCCGAGGGCAAUCAGAUCAUUGUGCAAGAUCCCGAGCAAAUUCAGCAGCUGCUCCAAAGCGUAGGUGUUCUUCAAUCCGGCGAGGGUCUCGAGGGCGAGACAUUGCAAAUGAUGACCGAUGCUAGUGGCCAGAUGGUGCUCGUCCAUGGCGACAACAAUGAGCAACAGCUAAUCGAUGCCUCAUUAAUCAACGCAGACGGUCAGUUGAUCAUUCAACAGGGACAGGAUGGUGAAGAGGGACCUCAUGUUAUUAGCGAGGAUGGUACACGCAUACCCGUCUCAGUCUCCUACACCGAAGAUGGCCAGCCUAUUGUUCAAGUUCAGCAGCAGGUCUUAGAAGCAGCCACAGCUGCUGCCGGCUCAGCCGAAGAGAAGGAUGAAGCAGCAGAUGUUGCUGCCGCUGCUGGUGAGGAAGCGCAAGCGACAGAGGACGGUGUCACGGUGGCCACCAGCACGGCUAGCAGUAGUGGUACGGCAGCCAGCAAUUUCUUUGCGCUGGAGGAGUUCACGGAGGCGAAAACCGAUUAGGAGUGGCUCUAGGGGCAGGGCCGUGAACAUUACACGAUACUAGCAUACGAUGAUGACUGGUUUUAACAGAUCUACUCGCUAUGAGCGAUUUUUGCUUACAUCUCAACAUUCGCUGCUGCGAAUUAUUCGGAGGAACUUUCAUCGCAAUCGCUUGAUGUGAAAGAAAAAUAUACAUAUACGACAAACACGCAUUUUUGUAACCAACACCAGCAACCUUAUGUUCUACACGAUCACACACACCCACGUACCCAUGGAUACCUUAACACUACAUGCAAACAUACUCGUACAUACAUAUUUUAUACACCAUUAGUAUAUGUAUAUUUACACUCCAGUAAACUCAAAAUUUCUUCUUUGCCCUUUGCGGCAAAUUUUCAAUCAUUCUUCUAAUUGCAUAUUGCUGCUCUCCAAUUGACGAUCGCGCGAUGGUGUCAAUGUGGUUGGAUGCGAGGCAGACACCAUCCGACAGUGUCUAAUUGAAUCGAUGGUGACAAUGCGUCGGUUGGUUGAAGGUGUUAGGUUUAGUUUUUAGCAUAGUUAAAGAAAAAACAAAACACACAUCAAACUGUAAAAAUGAGAAAUGUCGCGAUUGGUCAUGCGACAAUGAUUGAAUUAAAAGCAUUAAUCGUACAUAAAAUAAAUUUACACUAAAUAAAAUGUAAUGACAAAACAAAUACAAAACCUUAAGAGAAGCACGA